GCCAAUCCCAAGGCACUCAGCCUCAUCCCUGACCCACAACCCCACCACCUCACCACCUUAUAACCUAUCUCCCAUCAACCUCCACCUUCACUUCUUAAAAAAAAUCCCUAAAACACAACGGCCAUAGAGCUCCCCACCCCGGAGGGCGAGGUCCUCCAGGACCUCCUCGUGGCAGCUAUGUCCAUGCUCCAUCCUGAUGACAAGCCACCAACCCCACCUCUUCCCUUGCCACCGCCGCAAGAAAAUGUACAAUCACUAGAACCACCACAGCCGCCUCCUCUGCUUCCGCUUUAUAAGCAGCGAUCGUGGUCACCAGAUAUUUUCCGUGAUGAGGCAUGGCUUAAAAGGAAGGGAAACAACAAGAAAAGGAGAAGCAAGAGCGUGACAGACGAAGACCUUGAUGAACUCAAGGCUUGUAUUGAGUUGGGGUUCGGGUUUGACUCCCCUGAGGUCGAUCAACGUUUGUCUGAUACUUUGCCUGCUCUUGGUCUUUAUUAUGCUGUUAACAAGAACUACAACGACACCGUUUCCAAAUCUGCUUCGUCUCCUUCAGUUGCAUCGGAUUGUGAUAGUAUUUCGUCCCCUACUGGCAGCCCCCUCACCAUCUUUGGCCCUGGUGACAAUCCACAGAUGGUGAAGACAAGGCUGAGGCAAUGGGCACAGGUGGUUGCUUGCUCUGUGAGGCAAAGCUCGUGAUGAGGAUGAUGGUCGAUGGAUGUGUCCCAUGAUAUGAUCAUUUCAGGGUUUCUGGGUUAACUACUGAGAAAUCAAAACAAAACCCAGAUUUGUUAGCAAUGUAACCAAACAUCAACAAAAACAACUUGUUU